CAACACCAGCUGUUCAGACAGAACAGCUGGUGUUGAGCUAUGGAACAGUACUUCUCUCAGUACUUUAGAACAUUUUUCUUCCUUUUUUCACGUGUUAUUCACCUAUAUCACGUACAUCUAUACAAUAGUACACACAAUGUAACUUCCUUUUUAGCAAAACAACACUUCUGCAAAAGGUUCAGUCUAGUUGUGCCUUUCAUCAAGUGACUCUGGAGGAGCAGCAACAGAGUGGGCUGAUCAGCAUUCUGUGGUUUAGCAGCUAUGGGGGCUCCCUCUCUCCUCCUUCUUUUGCUUCUGUCUUGUGCUCUUCCUCCUCUGCUGGCGUUUUCACUUAAAAACUGUACAAUUCAAUAUUCUGACAAUCCAAAACAUUUGUGUGUCUCGUGCUCCAGUCACAAACUGACUGCUGUUCCUGAUGACAUACCCAGAGACGCAACGUCCCUCAUUCUCAACUCCAAUCACAUUCUCAAGUUGUCCAGGUCUGAUUUCAGAGCUUUGUCCAACCUGACUUCUAUUGAAGCCUGUGACAAUGAGAUCUCACUCAUCGAUGACGGGGCUUUUGCAGACUUGACUGUGUUGAGGUCUCUCACCUUGGAUGAAAAUAAGCUUGAGAACCUGACAGACCACAUGUUUCAGGGACUUUCCAAACUAUUGACCUUAUCAUUGCUCAAAAACCACAUCUCUCAGAUCUCCCCAAAGGCCUUUGAGCCUCUGGUCAGCAUACUGGUCACAUAUCACCCUAUUGCACAACUACCAACUCUACGGGAUUUAGUUCUUGACUAUAACAACUUCACGUCCCUCGAUUCAGAUGAUUUGUCUUUAAAUGCAACAAACCUAAAGAAACUGUCUGUUGUUGCAAAUCCAGUGGGAAAUAUCAACAUUACUAGAGACAUUUUCCCUCAUUUGCAGAGUCUAGACAUCGCCUUAUGUACCAGCACCAUCAAGUGGCACGUGCCAAACAAGACGUAUCUGAGAGGCCUGACUGACUUAUACUUCAGCGGCAUCGACAUGAGCUUUGACACAGGCAGGAGGAUUCUGCAGGCGGUUGGUUCGCUACACAGCCUGACGCUGAGGUUAAUAGAGGGGUUUGUGACCACAGGGUUCCUGGACAUCGCUUGUCAGAUUCCUACUUUAAGAAAGUUGGAAGUGGCUGAUACUAAGAUCAACACCUUAGAGGAAAACGUGCUGCAGUCGUGUUCUCGGUUGUCUGAGCUCGAUUUGUCUAGGAACCGUAUGUCACAGCUGUCUGAGAACUCACUGCGAUCAGUGACUCAGCUCAGGACUCUGGCCCUGAACAACAACCAGCUCGACAAAGUCCCAGCUGAACUCCGCAGACUCUCGGUACUUGAAGUUCUGUUUUUGCGAUCCAACCUAAUUAGUGCCCUGGACUGCGAUGACUUCCAGAACAUGACGAGCCUGAGAAGCCUGUAUCUGGCCCACAAUCGCAUUUCAGCUCUGAAACGCUGCGUCUUCCACCAUCUGAGGCAGCUGACCGUCCUGGACGUUGGGUACAAUGCUGUUUUUGUCUUGGACAAGACAUUCGGAGUUUAUUUGCAGAAACUUGAAUUCCUGAGCUUGCAUAAGAGCGGCCCCUUCGUCUUCUACGAAGGAAUUUUCAGCAAUAUGUCGUCCCUCCGUAUUCUGGAUUUAGAAUCAGACACGUAUUCCAUCGCUAGCCGGGGGACGUUUAUCGGACUAGACAAGCUCCACACUCUCAGUCUUUCCCUUUAUCUCGCUCAUGAUGUUUUUAAAGGACUACAGCACUUAGAAAAGCUGACUGUGCAUAUUACUCAUCAGUGGGGGAAUACGCAACAAAAUGAUUUUCAUAAGUCCUUUUUCUCAAAUUUACCAAACUUGAAGACGCUUCAGUUAAAAGUCUAUGAUCAAUACCAGUUUAAGAUUUCAGCAGAUUUACUCAAGGGUCUUGGGUUUUUAGAGAAUUUCUCCGCAGACAAAUUCUUUGAAACAUCUCUGCACCCGGACACAUUUAAGCCCAGCCCCAAGCUGAGGCAUCUCCAGAUAAUUCACAGUGGUCUGUCGUAUUUGGAGCCCGAGCUGUUCUGGCCGACUCCCAACCUGCAAACACUCGACCUCAGCAGCAAUAAUUUUAGGUGUUUGGAUUUUCUGGCUCGGUCCAACUUGACAAAACUGAAGUGGCUUAAACUCAGUGAAAACAGCUUGUCGGUCAUCAACGAGUCGGUCUUUGAGUCUCUGCCUGCGUUAAAGUACCUGGACCUGAGCAACAACCCCUUGACCUGUGAAUGCGCCAAUGCGGGCUUUAACAUCUGGGCUCUGACCACCAACCAGACACAGGUGGUCAAUGGCCACCAGUACAGCUGUGCUUUUCCCGUGAGCCAACAGGGAAACAGGUUCCUGGACUUCGACGUCAGGUCCUGUUGGGUGGAUCUGAGCUUCAGCUGCUUCCUUUGCACCACUAGCGUGGUCGUGUUCCUGCUCGCUGCCUGCUUCGGGUACCACUUCCUGCGCUUGUACCUGCUCUACGCUUACUACCUGCUGCUGGCCUUCCUCUACGACACGAGGAGGAGGACGAAGCGUGCUGAUCACCAGUACGACGCCUUCGUCUCCUACAACGUUCACGAUGAGGCCUGGGUCUACGAGGAGCUGCUUCCUCAGCUGGAGGGACAGCAGGGCUGGAGGCUCUGUCUGCACCACAGGGACUUCGAACCCGGAAAACCCAUCCUGGAAAACAUCACCGACGCCAUCUACGGCAGCCGCAGGACCAUCUGCGUGAUCAGCCGCCACUACCUGCAGAGCGAGUGGUGCUCCAAGGAGAUCCACAUGGCCAGCUUCCGUCUGUUCGACGAGAAGGAGGAUGUGCUGAUCCUGCUGUUUCUGGAGAACAUCCCGACCCGUCAGCUGUCUCUGUACCACCGGAUGAGGAGCCUGGUGAGGAGGUGCACCUACCUGAGCUGGCCCGAGGCUGGUGGACACACUGGAGUCUUCUGGCUGAACGUCCAACGGGCCCUGAAGGCAGCAGAGCCUCCUGCUGAAGACACACGGCCCUCCCUGCUGGAGAUCCGGCCUUAGAGCGGUGAAGGCAGCUUGGGCUCGGCACGGAGCCUCCUGCUGAAGCCUGUUCCUUUGGUGCUGGGACCCGACCAUCACUGUUGUUCAGCCCUUUAAGGUCAGGACGGUGGGCACCUUCAGCAGGUGGUUCCUCGGUUCUCCCUCACCUCUUUCUUAAUCUCAGCUUAACUUGCUUUUUUACUUCAUCAGAUAUAUAAUGUAGAUGCGUAGUGACUCGCACUGACCUGAGGUCAGCCUCGGAGGAAGUGAGAGUUUGCGUGGUUUAGAUGCGACCGCCGCAUUCCUCUGGUGGAGUAGCUACUCCACAGGUUCCUGUACCUGUGGUCCAGUGAACCACAGGCUUCCUCUCCCCUCUGUGCUGUUAAAGUCAUCUUUCUGACCUGUAAUACGUGUUUGACAUUAAACCUGGAAAUCAGACCUUUCUGUUUAUUGUAAUGAUCUUGCAGCUUAAGAUUAAAUUCUCAAACAACCAACAACAUCAAGCUCCCAAUGAAAGUUUAUUUAAAGUCUGUCCCGUCUCCAAACACGUGCAACAACUGAAACACAGAUGAUGUCAUGCCGCUGGUAUUUACACGUGUGUGUGUGUGUGUGUGUGUGUGUGUGUGUGUGUGUGUGUGUGUGUGUGUGUGUGUGUGUGUGUGUGUGUG